ACGUCAGCAAACAGCGGCAUCACCAUAACACUUUAGCUGCCGUGAUUUGAGACGAGUUGAGAAGAGAAAAAUAUCAUCUGGGGUGUCUUUGUAAAAAGAAACAGAAGUAGGCCGCUGUACAUAAAACAUUCAAGAGACUCCUUGUGCAGAUUUUCUCAAGAUGGCUGACCAAGAGGAGAGUGCGGCCGCAGCCGUUGGGGAGACGGAAGAACCACAGACUGAACCUCAGGAGCAGGCUGAGGGGAAGGCAGAGGCUGAACAGACAGACACGGAGGAGCCAGCACAACCUGCAGAAGCCCCUGCAGCAGAGGAUGGGGCCGAGACAGCAGCAGCAGAAGCAGCAGAUGACACAGCCCAGCCGCAGGAACAGCCAGCAGAGACAGCAGCAGAACCUGCAGCAGAGACAGCAGCUGACCCUGAAGCAGAGCAGACAGCAGAGUCCACAGCAGAACCAGCAGACACCACAGCUGAAGAAACAGCUGCAGAGGAAGCCCCUGCACCUGAGCUGGAAGAAGUGAAGGAACAGAAGGUGGAGCCCACCCCCACCCCUGAGCCAGGACAGAUCCCUGUCGCCCCCACCCCCUCCAGGGAGAACAUCGCCAUGGCAACAGUCCCCACGGCAGAGGUUCACCACGUGGACCCCCACGCAGUCUCACCCGUUCCCUUGGCAACGAGCGCUGAUGCUACAGCUACAGUGAAGUUUGUCCUGAUGCCCAGUGGCCAUGUGACGACGCUAGCCUGUGCCCUGAGUCAGACCAUGUUACAGCUCAAAGAUCACUUCAGUGUGGAGCUCAGGAUGCCUGCAGAACUCAUCCUCAUCACUCUUAAUGGUAAGAAGAUCCCAGACUCCACCACCCUUGGAGAGCUGGGCGUCGGUCCCAACGCCACCAUCCAACUGGAGAUCUCCUCAGCCGACCCUGUCAACACACCCAUCAAAUCUAUCCGCCCCAAACCGGAGUAUGUCAUGCCAGACAUCCUCACUGUCAGGGUGCCUCAAGAUGAUGGCAAGCUGCAGGAUGUGGUUGUUGAGAUUGAGCGGCCGACCAGGAGAAAGCCGUACCUGGGCGGGUACAGACAUAAACUGUCAGGAGUGGAGUACCAUCAUGCCUCAGCACAGACCAUGGGCAGGACCACGUCAGUCAGUGAUGUACAGAAGUUCUGUAGGGACACACAGACAGUGUUUCAGAAGAACAGAGUUCAGCAGACGACCAACCACACGUCCACCCAGAUGACCAAGGUGGGGUGUUACGUCAGUAACAUGCAGGACAAGCUGAUGCUUCCCGGGCGCUACCAGACUGCUGAGGAGUACCACAAGAUCCGCCUGGAGGCCGUGAUCGUGCUGCAGGCGUACUUCCGCCGCUGGCAGGCCAAGAACAUCGUGCAGCGUCUGCGGGAGGACAAGGCGCGUCGACUGGAGUGGGAACGCCAGGAGGAGAUCCGCAAGAAGCGGGAGAAGGAGCAGCGCAUCAGGAAGGAGUUUGAGCGCAGGAUGAACCCCAAGACUAAGGAGGACUUCGACCUGCUUUAUGCUGCUCUAGAAAAAUGGAGACAGGAAGAGCUUGCCUUUAUAGACGAAAACUACUCGGGUGCAGAGAGGAAGGCGCGCCUGUGUGCACUGCUGGACCAGGAGACACAGCUCAUCUCUGCAAUCGACAGGCACAAGAUUGAUGCAGCCAAGGAGAACAAGGAGAGGAGCAUACAGAACUUCCUGGAUCAGGCUGCUGGACCCAAGAAGUGGCGAGCGUUUGACGGGAAGAUCACGGAGAUGGACACACCGUACACGCAGCGUGCGCGGGAACUGAGGGACAUCUACAACUCCAUCAACAUGAAGUACCUGACACAGGACGAGAGACUGGAUGUGCUACUGACACUCAAGCACACUGUUAAGGAGCACAACUGUAAGCUAACCCAGGAGAUUAUUGAGCUGAUUGACCGUGAGGCAGACCUCCUGAUGAGGGGAGUGAAGGACUCCAACAUGGAGGGUCUGAGGAAACGCAUCUCCACUCUGUUCCUCCAGUAUAUCAAGACUCCUACCUUCAACGCAGAGGCUGCCAGGCUACUCAAGGUGCCCCAGGACCCGAUGUCCCUGCGGAAGAACAUCUACUUCUGUCCCAGCUGUGGCAGCUACAAGCCGUCCAUGGAGUUCCCCAUGUCCUCCAACACCCGUCUGGUCGGCAAGUGCCGCAAGUGCCAGAAGCUGGACAACGACGCCCGACAGCGCCAGGACUUCAGUAUCUACCGCACCAUGCUCAAGCAGCUGCGCAGGUCCGAGGAGGCCUACGGCGACGGAUCACGCAUCGCUUUCCUGCUGCAGGAGGCUGACCUGCAGUACCUGGUGGAGAACGUGUGGAGUUCCCAGAGCAUCCUGAGUGCGUGGGACGACCUGUACGACCUGGUGCUGGUGCGCUGGGACAAGACGGAGGAGUGGUCGCCAUGGAACUGUAUCCUCCUCACCAAGGAGGAGGCCUCCGCUCACAAGGUCCUCGACGACCUGGAAGAACAAUACGGCCCAGUGUUCAUCCACAAGGCCCAGCACAAGCACACGCUGGCCAGGAACUACUUUGCCCGUCUGCCCGGCAUGGCGCAGUACAUGCGGGAGAAACUGGCAGCCUCCAAACAAAACGGGCCGAGUGUCAUGGGUCAUAGGAUGGCACAAACUACAGCAUGAGACCUUAGUGUAAUCAACUGGUUAUAGAUAUAUCUAUGGGGAGUAAAACUGGAACAUUUCAUUGAUGCCAUACAGUCAAAUACAUACAUGCAAAAUGACAAGAUGUGCUAUAACACUAUGUUAGUCUUAUUGUGUGUAUUAUAAAGUGAAUCUAUGAUACUUGUGAUAGAAAAUAUGCCCCUCUGCUCUGGCAUCGCAUUUCAUUUCUAUCUUCAUAUUGUUGAAAUUCUAAUUGGUUUCACACCCAGAACAAAAGCAUGUUAAUGUAGCAGGGUCAACAUGUAUAACUGCCACUGUUUAUAAUCCAUAAAUGUAUUUUACUGAGAGAGAGGUAUAAUAAAAAUCACUGUAGAGCUAUGGUCCUAAUGUUUUUUUACACUGAAGGCAUGAUGCUAAGUUUACAUUUGAUGUACAUAAUGUAUGUAAAAAGCACUUUGUAGCUAUUGUAUGUUUAUCAGUGAAGUGGCAAAGAAGAGAUUAAAAAGACUUAUGGAAUUGUAAUUGUUGCAUUGUG